GAGACACGCAGCCGGGUGGGCUGAGGGGGCGGCGGCGUGGGAGCCGGGGAAGUUUGGGCAGGCGCUGGUGGCACUGGGAUCCUGAGCCACGCUCAAGCCCUGAGAACCAGCGCACAGGCGGACCGGCUUCCAGACGCCCUCGGGCCCGCAGCCGUCAUUUCGCAUCCUCUUGCUUGGAGAAAGUUGUGAGUCAAGAAUGUCAACUGUCCAGCACCUGGUUUAUGCAAUUAUUCGUUUCUUACGGGAACAGAGUCAGAUGGAAGCUUAUACUUCUGAUGAACAGGAAAGUUUGGAAGUUGCCAUUCAGUGCUUGGAGACCGUUUUUAAGAUCAGCUCAGAAGAUACGCACUUAGCAGUGUCACAACCUUUGGCAGAAAUGUUCACAAAUUCCUUCUGCAAGAAUGACAUCCUGCCCCUCUCAAACUCAGUGCCUGAGGAUGUGGGAAAAGCCGAUCAAUUAAAAGAUGAAGGCAAUAACCACAUGAAGGAAGAAAACUACACUGCCGCUGUGGCUUGUUACACGCAGGCGAUAGAACUGGACCCCAACAACGCCGUCUAUUAUUGCAACAGGGCUGCUGCUCAGAGCAAAUUAAGUCACUAUACAGAUGCAAUAAAGGACUGUGAGAAAGCAAUAGCAAUUGAUUCAAAGUACAGCAAAGCCUACGGGAGGAUGGGGCUGGCCCUCACUGCCAUGAAUAAAUUUGAAGAAGCAGUUACAAGUUACCAAAAGGCAUUAGAUCUUGACCCUGAAAAUGAUUCCUAUAAGUCAAAUCUGAAAAUAGCAGAACAGAAGUUGAGAGAAGUGUCCAGUCCUACAGGAACUGGAUUGAGCUUUGACAUGGCUAGCCUGAUAAAUAAUCCAGCUUUCAUUAGUAUGGCAGCAAGUUUAAUGCAAAAUCCUCAAGUUCAACAACUGAUGUCGGGAAUGAUGACAAACGCCAUUGGGGGACCUGCUGCCGGGGUCGGGGGCCUCACUGACCUGUCUAGCCUCAUCCAAGCGGGACAGCAGUUCGCUCAGCAGAUACAGCAGCAGAACCCUGAGCUCAUCGAGCAGCUGAGGAAUCACAUCCGGAGCCGAUCCUUCAGCAGCAGCGCCGAGGAACACUCCUGAUCCCACGGCGGCCCGAGAUCCAUCUGUACAUAGCGCUCUGCCCCUCAAGCACCGUAUCUGAUGUUUGAAAACCAAGGAGGGGAGCCUCUUGUGUAUAUUCUUAAAGAAGAAAUCUGUUCAGAUGAUAGAUUUAUCACAAAACACACCUGAACAUCACAUGACUCCUUUGGAAAUGAAUCAAUCCCCUGGAGUCCUGGGACGAGGUUCCAUUUCCAAACCUGUACCACCAUCAUGUGUGUAUAUGAGACUUAACAGCAGAGUGUAUUCAUUGGACAGUGGGGCUGUUUGUUGGUGAAUUCCACUGCUCCGAAUUCCAUUAAGUGGAUUUAUUAUUUUUUUUUUUGAGGGGAGAUUACUAAGGGAAAUAUUUCCCACUGGUUCGGAAGAAAUAUCUGCUACUGAGCAGCAGUUCAGAAAAGCAGACUCUUACUAUUUAGCUCUGAGAAGGAAGAUCAGUGGAAAAGAUUUAUCCUAGGUUCCAGGGUUUUUAAAUGCUAUUGAUUCUGAUGAGUGACAAGGUAUCUAUUUGCUGGUAGAGCAGUUAUUGGGUGGAAGGGCUAUUGUAGCAAGAAAGAUAAAAAUCCAGAGAAUGUGAAUGUAUAGAAAGUGAAGGUGGAAUGUUCAGGUUGUCUGCAUGGCUCCAAAAGUGACAACACUCACAAGGCCAGCUACGCUAAGUACAUAAUAAAAAUACAUUUAGAAAUCUGUAAUGGGACUGGUUUCAUCAGGGCUAAAACUCUUAAUUCCCCUGGUGGUGACUUUAUCUUGGAAAUGAUCAAAUUCUCAUCUAUCUGUAUUCAAAUGAGCCACAGCCCUGGCUCCAAUAAUUUUAUAAGUGGGAUUCAAUUAUGUGUCCAUAAACAUUUUUUUUUUUUAACUAAGGAUCACCAUAAGCUCUUAUCACUAACUUUGCUUGUUUAUUCAGUUCUGUUAGAUUUGGCUUGGCAUUAUCAGUCUUAAGUUUAAUCUAAAAUCAUUUAAACAGGAGAUAACAUAUUUUAUCAUGCACUGGAUGUCAACUGGUUAGAGAGAAAUUGCAUUAAGUGUUAAUGGCUCUAACUAGUGAUGGCUGAUCCGGUUCUAAUUCCAAAUGGAAUUUUCUUUUUGUUUAUUAAUCAUGAAAUUGGUGAAAUGAGGCUAAUGUAAUCAUUUCACGAAUGUAAGAGAAAACUGAAAAAGAAAGUGGUAUAACAUUAAAUCAGUAAGUGGAUGAUCGGGACCGACUAGAACUGUUCUUGUUAGACUCCAGUUAGUCAGCUUUUUUUCCCCCUCCCUUUUGUGAGAUUACAUGAAAGGUUUAAAAGUUCACUGCAAAAUUCACCUGAGGAAUUUAAAAUGCAGAUUCAGGACCAGACCUUCACUUCUGCCUUAGUAAGCCCCAUCAAGAAGCCUCAGGAUUGCCAUUUUAAAUAGUGCAAUUGGAAGCUCUGGUGCAGGUCCACGGACACCAACUUAGAGCAAUGCGAGGUUGCAAUUGGCUUUGCAGUUUGGCUAUCUAAUGCCUAAGCACUUGGCUUCAGGGUACAACGAGACCUAAAUGACCCUACGAGGUUGACCAGCAAAGAGCAGGACUUAAACCUUAGUACCUUUGAAAUUAAAAACUAUAUUCCACCACAGCCAUCUUAGUGUUUCAUAAAGUUAUACUCAACUCCUAGUGUUUUAAGUGUUAGAAGGAAUGAUGAACUAAUCAUAUGCAAGUUAUGACUGUAAUCAAAAAGCAAAAACGAUUCUUAAUUUUCUUACGCAGUGUUGCUCAAGUUCAGAUCAGGAAGCAUAACUCUCUUGAGUGCGUUAGAAAUGCUUUCUGAUGAACAACACAGAGAGUAAGACCUGCAGAAUAAGUCUCUAGCUGCCUGCAGGAGAGAGCGGAGCUGUGAAUGAACAGAUCAGAAGUGACAGAGGAGUGUACUGCAAGAGGAACACCACGCACUGUGGACAGUCGCUCCAAAAAGUGGAAAAAGAGGACACAGCUCCCCCCUCCAAGGUGACCAGUGCUAGCAUGAUAUGAAAUCAGAUAAAGGCUUUCAAAAUAAUGGCUCCUGUGCUAAAAUCUGUAGUUACAGUAGCCAGUUUUUAUAUAGAUGGGAACUGAUACAUUUCUUUUAGUGACUUGCUGAAUUUCAUUGAUAAUUGACCCUGUGUAACAAAUUCAGUGUAGUUGCUCUCUGUCCAUCUCCCUGGAUUUCCAUUUCAUUUGAGGCAUUUUUGUUCUUCAUUUGCUUUCAUCAUUUCUUAGUAAUUGCAUUGCAAGCUAUUUCUUGAAAGAAAGCUGUGUAUAGUUGGAUUGUGCUAACUGUUCUUAAAAUUAUAGGAAAAGACCAAAAUGUAAUUGCUGUUUAACUACAGAAAUAAGAAGGCAUUAUUGCCAAUCUUUAUAUCCAUUCCUCCUAGGGAUACUUGUCCCCCAUUAUUCACGUUUCAUUGUGGUAGCUGCAGCUGUUGCGAUGUCAUGCUAAAACUGAACAUGUCCUUUACUGUACCAAAUUGUUCAUCUAAUUUUAUAAGAAGUUUAAUCAAAUCUUUUCUAAGAUGGCAUUAUCUAACCACUUAAGUAUGAAUGAUAUGCAUUUAGGUUAUUGCCUAUAAACUGAAGAGAAUUUAAUUAAAUCAAAGUAUGUGUACUAUUAUAUACGUUUGCUCUCUGAUUUCAAACCGAAGGUUCAGUCAUGAGAAGAUGUUUGACAAAAAUGGCAAUAGUGCAGUGGUGAUAAGGUCUUAUUUAUUAUCUGAUCAACCUUUAUCAGUUUGAAAGACAGACAGACAGACUUCAGAUUAACACUGCUUGUACUUCAUUUUGCACAUAUUUCGUUAACUAUUACUCAAAUGUGAGGGCAACCCUUCUGAAUAUAGCUUUCAUUCUGAACCAGUCUGUCAUGGCAAUAAAUAAUUAUGCACUUAA